AUGAGCGAACAGAUAACUGGAAAACCUACUCCCUCAAAGAUACGAAAAACGCCCUUUGUUGGUGCCUCCGAUAUAAGAGUCCCUCUGAAAGUAAACACUAGCAUUACUCACAUUAAUGGCAUAUCCCAUCCAAUGGCUGCUUCACCUUCAUUCCGUAGAACCAUGGCACCAGGCGCAAGACAGUCUUGGAUUAUCGAUAAGCAUCCUCCAGUUUCAGAGACUGAGAGCAUUGUACAACCUACUCCAAUACUAGGGAUAACAAACAAUAGUGCAAAAUCGCGGCUGAGUAUACUGGUGCAGAACGGCUCUCAAUUCAGAAGUAUGAUCAGUGUCAACACUGGUAGGCUAGCAGAAAGGGAGCGAGAAGCCGAUGAUACUCAUGAAGAACCAGAGUUGGUUGAUGAGAAACAAGUCGAAACUAAUGAACUCGAUAUAUCCGAUAAAGUAGAAGAGACUGAACAAAUAAUGUCAACAUCAACGAUGGUUCAAUCACCAGCAUCUGCAACCAGUCUUUUAUCUAGUACCCAAUAUUAUUAUAUGAACAAUGUUGUUGAAGGUAAACCCAUGUCAGAAACUUUGAUAUCUCCCUCGUCGUCUAUGCCAUCGACAUUGUUGGGAGCGAGCACUCGAGGAAGUCUAUACUCGGACUCGGUAUCGAUAUUCAGUUCAUCACCAUCGAUAAAGACGCAAAAUGAGACAAGUACGUACACAAAUAGAGAAUCGCAUAAUCGACAUUCUAUGCCUAUUCCAUCUUCGGACACACACGGAUCAACGACUCCUUGUCGGCGAGCUUCAAUGCCUAUACUAUCUAGCAUGAGAUCGACGAACGACUCACAACGCCCAGGAUCAACAAUAUCAACUUUUUCAACAAACACGAACACAAGUACCGAUACCGCUGUCUCAUCAGCAUCAUCAAGCAUGACCGAUACAACACAUGCGAGACUGAGCACGCAUGCAAUAUACAGCGGGAGACUGUCUGUACGAUUGAGUAGGAUAAGUGCUACUACACCUGCUCAGAAGAGGCAAAGCAUUGCAUUGGAGAUACUUACGACAGAGAGACAUUACGUUGAAUGUCUGCAGUUAUUGGAACGGCUAUUCCUGCGGCCACUUGUCGACUCUUUAAAAACAUCUUAUCCUAUUCUAAGUGAAAGUUGCAUUAAAGGAAUAUUCUCUAAUCUCAAGGAACUUAUCAACGUAAAUACUGAAUUACUAAGAGAAUUGGAAGAACGUAUUGCCGGAAUAGGAGAGAAGCGAUCAUCAGAGUUGAACUUGUGGAGCAAUGACGAAGAUGCUUGUGUCGGGGAUAUAUUCUUGAACUUGGGACCAUUCUUAAAGAUGUAUUCCAUCUAUGUCAAUAAUUUCAAUUCAGCUCUUGCAUUAAUUGAUGAGCAAUUGAAAAGCAAUCCGGCGUUUGCUGCAUUCUUACGGGACAUUAUUAAAACGGGACAAUGCAAAGGUCUUACCUUUCAGGCUUAUCUCAUCAUGCCUGUACAAAGAAUACCCCGCUACAAACUACUUCUUGAAGAUCUGCUCAAGAAAACCGAAGAGUCACAUUCUGACUAUUUGAAUCUAAAGAAAGCGUAUCAAGUUAUCGAGCAUGUAGCCACUUUUGUCAAUGAAACUAUUCGACAGCAUGAGAUGUUUAUAACUAUGCUUGAAAUACAAAAGUCUUUAUCGGGCUUUGAUGAAGCUCUCCUUGUGCCUGGAAGGAGAUUUAUAAAGAGGGGCACUGUCAACAAGGAGUGUCGGCGCCGUCAUCAAGAGCGCGAGUUUUUCUUGUUCUCGGACAUUUUAAUAUAUGCUAGUCCAGCAUUACUGGAUGACAUGUACAAUUUUCACCGUAAAUUUGACCUGGAAGAUCAGUCAGGAAUGCCUUCCAGAUUAUCAGUCCGCAAAAGAGCUUUACAGUAUAUACAGAGAGAAAAAGAAUCCUGGAUAGAAGCUAUUCGGGAAGCAAAGGAUGAAUAUCUAAGUGCUAAAAGAACACUUAAAAUUGCUGAUAAGAAUGUCCCCAUACAAAGAAAAGACCUGUAUAAGAAGCGAGUUGUAGAGAAUUAUAAUGCCCCAGUAUGGGUUCCUGAUUCGGCCACCAACAAGUGCAUGAAUUGCCCGGAAGAGUUUACCGUAUUCAGGAGAAAGCAUCAUUGCCGUGCAUGCGGCAAGGUGGUUUGCCAUGCUUGUUCUACUCGGAACUUUAUCAUCCCUGGAACAAGCGAAAGAGAAGAUCAAGUGGUACGUGCAUGUGACCCAUGCUUCUUCACUAUGUUCCCAGAUGCUCUUCAAGACGAGGACCUGGCACCAGGCGUACAAGUCUGGAAUCCAGUUAGUUUAUCCAACAACUCUACUACGAGCGUGAAUGUUAUUCCGGACCAUGACAAUACGAAUGGGAAUAAUUCAGCUAGCGAAAGAAAUAUCACCAAUGGUGAUAACUCGGUUGGGUCUAGAUUGAAUCCAAUGGAGGAAUACUUGUUUCAAGUGCAACAAAAUAGGCAAGUAUUUGUUUGCACUGAUUGUCUCACAAAAAAGCCUAUUGAUCUCACGCUGCUCCCUCAAGAAUUUCUUUUGGAAUUUUUGGCUGAACAGCAAACUUUCCUUGGCAACAGAAGAGAUAGUAUAUUUGGUACUGCCGCUAGACUCUGUGAUGUUUGUUUUCUUGGUAUUGAUCCGACACACGUUGAGGUGAAUGAGGCUGGUGGUGGAUGGGCGGUGAGGGGACAACUUUCUCCUCCUUUGACUCCUCCUCCUACGGACUAG